CAUUAUAUACUGUGGUGUAUUUUAAAGUGCGGUAGCAUUUAUUUGUUUGUGAACUUUCUAAAACUUCGUAAAAAUGAGUAUUUUAGCUUAUAAUGGUGGAGCUAUUGUAGCAAUGAAAGGCAAGAAUUGUGUGGCAAUAGCUGCUGAUCGUAGGUUUGGUAUACAAGCACAAACUAUAACAUGUGAUUUUCAGAAAAUCUUUGAAAUGGGAUCUCAUUUAUAUCUUAGUCUCCCCGGUCUUGCCACUGAUACUCAAACUGUAAUGGAAAAGUUAAGAUUUAGAUUAAAUCUCUAUGAAUUAAAGGAAAAUAGACAAAUACAACCUAAAACAUUUGCAUCAAUGGUAUCAAAUUUACUAUAUGAAAAGAGAUUUGGUCCUUAUUUUGUAGAGCCUAUCAUUGCUGGAUUAAGUCCUACCACUUAUGAACCAUUUAUUUGCAAUAUGGAUUUAAUAGGAUGUAUAAGUCCAUCAAAUGAUUUUGUAGUUGGAGGAACAUGUAGCGAACAAUUAUAUGGUAUGUGUGAAUCAAUUUAUGAACCAGAUAUGGAACCAGAUGAUCUUUUUGAAACAAUCAGUCAGGCAUUAGUAAAUGCAUGUGACAGAGAUGCAAUAUCUGGUUGGGGAGCUAUUGUUUACAUAGUAGAAAAAGAUAAGGUUACAACUAGGACUAUCAAAACCCGAAUGGAUUAAAAUACCUUUAAAAACAGG